GUGAAAACUCGUAGUGCAUCAGGAAUCUUAAAAAGAAAUCAAUUAUAAAUUUCGCAUUAUUAGUACCACUACUUCAACAUUAUUUUCAAUUUAGUGAGUUGGCGAACAGCUUAGAAAGUUGGAUUGGCGACUGAAUAUGACUGGAAAAAUGAUGCAUGCGGUUUGGUACACUCGUUACGGCGGAGGUGCUGCCGGUUUGAAGCAUGUUGAAGUCCCUAUCCCUGCUCCUCGCAAAGAUGAGAUUCUGUUGAAAGUAGAAGCAUCAAGCAUAAACCCAAUUGACUGGAAGAUACAGGACGGCUUUGCACGCCCUCUUUUACCCAAAAAGUUUCCUUGGAUACCACUUAGCGAUGUGGCAGGAGAAGUUGUAGAAGUUGGACCUGGUGUGAAGAAUUUUAAAGCGGGUGACAAAAUUGUUUCAACUCUUGGGGGUCCGAGUGCGGGUGGAGGGCUAGCCGAGUAUGCCGUUGCUAAAGAAAGCUUAACAGUUGCAAGACCACCAGAAGUAUCAGCUGCAGAUGGUGCGUGUCUAGGCAUUGCAGCGUGCGCCGCCCUGCACUCCCUUACUGUAACCGGCGAGCUAAAAUUGGAAAAAACAGAACCACGAACCAACGUCCUAGUAACUGCCGCUUCUGGUGGUGUGGGUCACUAUGCAGUCCAGCUAGCAAAACUAGGUAACACCCACGUGACCGCAACAUGCGGUGCCCGCAACAUCGAUUUUGUUAAAAGCUUAGGAGCCGACGAGGUUCUAGACUACAGGACCCCAGAAGGAGCCACCCUCAAAUGCCCAUCUGGCCAGAAAUAUGACCUAGUGGUCAAUUGUACCACUGGUAUCCCAUGGUCGACUUUCAAGCCCAACCUAAGCCGAACUGGGAAGGUUAUUGAUAUAACCCCAGGUGGUGGUACAUUUUGGAAUUGUGCAGUGCAAAAGCUAACUUUUUCGAAAAAGAAAGUUCUACCGUUACUCGUGUUUCCAAAUGCGCAAGAGAUUAGUUUUCUUGUGAAGUUGGCAAAAGAAGGGAAACUGAAAACCGUUAUUGACUCAAGAUACCCUUUAAGUCAGGCUGAAGCGGCUUGGGCCAAGAGCAUUGAGGGACAUGCCACGGGAAAGGUGGUUGUCGAGCUGUAAAAUAAGUGCGUACAACAUUAUCUUGAUCUCGGUGUUAUAAUUCAUAUUGUACUCGUAUGUAUUGAUGUAUUCGUCUUUUAUGUUAAAGAAUUCCAUUUAUAAAACUUGUCAAUA